AUGGUAGACCCCAAGAACUCUCCGCCUGCAAAGAAAUCUCGGAAGAACCGCGAGAAACCCUUCGUGGCUGGGAGUUCGAGUGAGACGAUGAUGGAGCAGAGGAUUUGGAAAGAGUUCCCCGAGGAUCUCUUCGAAGCGGUCGUUGCGAGGCUCCCGAUUGCCGCAUUCUUCCGCCUCAGGUCUGUCUGCAGGAAAUGGAACUCCCUACUGGAUUCCCACAGCUUCUCUCAACACUGCUCCGAGCUCCCGCCAUCACUACCCUGGCUCUAUGGCAUCACCCAUGAGAGCGUCGGCACCGGCGCCAUGUACGACCCGUCUUCAAGGAGAUGGCACCACCUGUCGAUCCCCGCUCUGCCGGCGAAGAUAGUCAUCCCUGCGACCUCAGCUGGCGGCCUCCUCUGCUUUCUGGACAUCAGCCAUCAGAAAUUCUACAUCAGCAAUCCUCUCACACGCUUGUUCAGAGAGCUCCCACCGAGGUCGGUCCAGGUCUGGUCUCGGGUGGCCAUCGGCAUGACGAUGGAUGAGGAUUCAACUGGCGGCAGCGGCGACGGUGGCUACAAGAUCAUGUGGCUGGGAUGCAAUGGGGACUAUGAAAUCUACGACUCACGCCAGGACAGCUGGACCCGCCCUUCAGUGAUCUCCGCAGACAUCACUCUCCCGCUGUUCUUGAAUUUCAGGUCUCAAGCUGUGUCCAUCGGCCACACGGUCUACUUCAUGCGGGCGGAGCCCGACGGCAUCGUCUCCUACAACACGGAGAGCCGGGUGUGGCGGCAAUUCAGCAUCCCGGUGCCACCCCACGUGAUGGACCACGCGAUCGCCGAGUGCGGCGGCAGGAUCCUGCUCGUGGGGCUGCUGACGAAGAACGCGGCCACCUGCGUGUGCGUGUGGGAGCUGCAGAGGAUGACUCUUCUGUGGAAGGAGGUUGACAGAAUGCCAAACAUUUGGUGCUUGGAGUUUUACGGGAAGCACGUGAAGAUGAACUGCCUGGGAAACCGGCGCCUGAUCAUGCUGUCUCUGAGGUCGCGCCAGAUGAACCGCCUGGUGACCUACGACGUCCUGAGCAAGGAGUGGAGGAAGGUGCCUGGCUGUGUGCUCCAGCACGGGAGGAGGAAGAAGCAGUGGAUUGCCUGCGGCACGUCUUUCCACCCUUCCCUGACUGCCUCUGCCUGA